AUGGGCCCCUGUACCGCCUCCUCAUGCUGCUGCCAGGCCCCCGUAAUCUGCCAUGGGCCCCCGUACCGACUCCUCAUGCUGCUGCCAGGCACGUAAUCUGUCAUGGGCCCCUGUACCCCGCCUCCUCAUGCUGCUGCCAGGUCCAAUGUGUCAUGGGUCCCUGUACGGCCUCCCAUUGCUGCUGUCUCCAUCGCCACACACUGCCAUGUGCCACUUUUCAGGUCUCCUCACACUGCUGUGGGUUCCAUUUUUCAUAGGGUGCUGUAUGGCCUCCCAUUGCUGCUGCCGGUCCACCGCCACAACUGUGGCUCCACACUCUGGGUUUUGGCCCCGGACGCCCCGUGACUGCCCAAAUGAGUGAAGUGUGCCUUACAAGAAACACACUUUUCCCCUUAUCUAUCACAUAGACGCUGACAACUACUUUUGAGUUACCUCUACAACAUAACACAAGGGGCUACGCAUUA